UUUUGCAUCACUUUAAACAAUCAGGAAGUGAAACACUAAAACAUAAGUUAAGUGACCCACAUCACCAUACAAAGUGCUUUUUGUGUAGGCUCCUCACACAAGACUGUAUGGUGCUGAACUGACAUUGUUCUCUGACACAAGUAUAAUCCAGCAGAAAAGUUCCCACCACAAUGUCAGACACAGCUGACCCCAUCACAUCCAAAGAGGGCCAGGACGCUGCUGGCUCUGAUAUGUCCUCACCGCCACCAGCGUACCCCUACCACGAGCAGCAACCUCCACCCUACUCUGCAACACCAGCAAUGUACUCUCCACCCAAAACUGAGACAACUUGGAUCCAUCAGCCUUGCACUGGAUAUGAGUCAUUUCGUGACAUUAUCCCAGACGCCCAGUCGGCUACGACUCCCCUCACAGCCUCGUCAUCUUUUGACGACAUAACAGUGAGAAGAGGGUUUGUUAGAAAGGUGUUCAGCAUCCUGACACUCCAGUUGCUGUUCACCUUCAGCGUGGUGUGUGUGUUCACCUUCUCCACUGUGGUCAAAAAGGCGGUGCAUAUCAACCUGUGGGCCUACAUCAGCUCCUUCAUCAUCUUUGCUGUGGUCGCCAUCACCCUCAGCUACUGCAAGUCCUUCAGCCGCCGUCACCCCUGGAACAUUGUGGGACUGGUUGUGGUAACCCUGAGUUUGUCGUACAUGGUGGGAACCAUUGCCUCCUUCCACAACACUACUGCUGUGGUCAUUACUAUGGGAGUAACGCUGGCUAUUUCUCUGGCAAUCAUCGCUUUCUCAGCACAGACUCGUUAUGAUUUCACUAUUUUUUAUGGUAUUCUUCUGAUUCUGGCCAUGGAUCUGAUCAUGUUUGGGUUCUUCUGCACCUUCUACUACUCCUACAUCACUGAUAUUGCUUACGGAUGUCUGGGAGCUCUGCUGUAUUCACUGUUUCUGAUGAUCGACUGUCAGCUGAUGAUGGGGAUGAUGAGCUUCCGCCUGGAUCCUGAGGAAUACAUCAACGCUGCUCUCAUGAUCUACCUCGACAUAGUCCUCAUCUUCCUCUACCUGCUGGGGAGGAGGUGAAACUGUACACACACAGACAGACAAACUGUACCGAUAACGAAAAUGUCCUUUAUUAUCAUUAUUAUCAUCAUGUAGUGUAUAUAAUGUAUCUGAAUCCUGUUUUAAGUGACAAAACUCUGAAUGAUCUUGUCUUUGUCUCAGUUUUUACAUAAAUAAAAAAUAAUAUUAUAAUAAUAUUAUAUAAGA